AUGUUUGCGUCGCUGAAGCUGCAGACGCUUGGGGAUCCGGUGUGUUUGGAGCCUAGCAAUUUGAGCGGGCAUCAGCUUGAGGUGUCUUCUUCUCCCCGGCCGACCUGUCGAUGCAUUCCCCUAGCUGAUCUUGGCAUCUCCGGUUCCUACUUCAAUACCCAAUACCCUGGGAAGUCCGCUAUCUCAGCAAGUUGCUCCACGUCUCCCGUCCCCGCCACCAUCAUCUCCGUGAGCGUGGGCGUCGCAGAACUCAACCCUCGUGGACUUACUUCCCUCUCAAUUCCGCCUACAAGAACUUCGUCGCGUUCAGUUUGCCUAUUCAUCCUCAUCCCUAUGCAGUAUUCCGAACGACGAGGACGAGGACGAGGAAGAGGCUGUGAUAACUUCGAGCUGCUCCCCUCUCAUAGUCUCAGCAAGAAUACGACUCCCGAGUUGAAGAAGGAGAUCAUGGUUUUGGUCUAUCAGUCAAUCUUCCCUUCCAACUCCUUCAUCUUUUCAUCCAACCAGCAAGAUUUGGAACGUCGCCCAACAGCACAACCUUGUCAGUCAAGUAACUUUUCUCUUCGAAUCCCCUCCGUUGCUUCUCCACUUCCUCCUCAUGCUUCUCAACGUACCACUGCAAGUUCCGAAAAAUCUCGCCAGAUACAUGUUACACCCAAACCACCUCAUAUAUCUCAAGAGGCUAUAUAUACAUCUUCCCCCAAACCUCAGCCGGAAGUAAAGGAUGAGAGCCAUCAUUGGCUUUGCCUUACUCAGUCGCUGUCGCAGCUAAUUGAUGAAGAAGGCGAUAGCAGCAUUCGCGCCCGUGGAUUUGAAGCCCGUUACGAUAGCGACGAUGCGGAGAUCGUUCCGGUUCAAAAACGCAAGAUCACCGCAGGUCACUCUGAAGCUAUGAAAAAAAAGAUUGAGCUUAGAGGGACUGUGAAGACACUUCUGUCCAAGCCACGAGAUAGCGCCGCCGCUAACAAGGUAGUGAGAAAGAAAAGAAAAGUGACGGUGGACAAUGAGGAUGAGGAGCCGCCGCUGAAGCGCGCCAAGGACAGGUUGACGAUGAAAAGAAGGGGAAGGGGGCGAAGAAAGAUUGUUCUACUGCAUCUCACGUUGAAGCAAGAACAAAAGCCGAAGAAGAAAAGGGUGGACAUGGUCGGCUAUCGAAAUGGUUGGUCAAGUGGGACAGGCAAGUACUUUUCAUACUACUUGUCCGCAUUGCAGGCUGACGCUGCCUCACAGUUACCCGAUAAAUCACAUAUUUGUAAGGGUAAUGUAAGGUUGAACCGCAGCCCAACCAAUACAGCGAUGCCUGAACAGAGCGCCAGCUACUAUGAAGGCCGAAUCAUGGCUAUGUCUAAGUUGUUGAACAAGGUCUCUCGGCAGGCCGCACUUUCCUCCCCAGGACCUGCUGAAACAGCAGAGUCUCAGGCAUAUUAUCACAUUUCGACGCUCCUGACCCGAGGCUCCGAUGACGGCGGAUAUGCACGGAAUGUAAUCGCUGUCACUGGCGUCCAACGGCUGGUAGACGCAGCUGCUUCCGAACCUGACUCGGACAAGGCGCCUAUACUCGCUUCCGAACUCGACUUGAACAAGUCGCCUGCACUCCCAUCCUCACCCGACAUUGACACUAGCCUUGUCAAGAUCCACAUCACUAUUUCUCAAAACCAAUCCCUUCAAACAUCUCCCGACCACACUAUUCCAGAAAUUUUGGAGAUGUUGAUCAAAGAGGACCUGGAGCUAUCCGGAGAUCUUGUGGUCAUUCCACCAAAGCAGGUUCGGGUAUGCCAUACAGCUGAACACUGUUAUGUCGAAGUUGGUGCCUGGGUGGAAGCCACUUUUGCAUCUAGCAAUGUUCCGUGCGAAAACCGUGAUGGUACCCUCUAUUUCCUCUUCCACAGCAGCUCAGCAACCCAAUGGAUCCGAGCCCUCAUCUCAGUCUAUCGCUCUGUCAAGGCCUCAACACAGAAGUGCCCAAGCAAUGAUUCAGAGUGGCAUGAUCUUUACACCCAGCUGGCGCAGCUGCACCGCAUCGUUUAUGUCCUUGGCUCCUACUACGAUGCCAUCCUGACCCUUCCAGGCUUGGUCAAAUUUCUCAAGGAUAACGUCAAUGUAGGAUAUGCAAUCAAUGAUAUACGUAACCACACUAAUGAUAUACAUGAUGACAAUGAGUCUGAUGACAGAUCCGAUGCCCUCUCUGACAUCGGUGUUGAUGACCAUGAAGAUGCUGGAAAAUUUUUGAUGCGAUAUUUCCGUGCAAUCGUGGCUUGGAAUCAGGCCUAUGCAUGGCUAGACUCUUCCAAACUCUUCAGGUCAUUGAAAGGGAUUAUGUCCUUAAACAUUGUCAAGAUGCAGGUUCCAAGUGAGAAGUGCCAAGCAGUUACAUCAACCAGUGCUUUGUUGGAUGAGUUCACCGAUGACCCAGUUAUCCGAGAAAGUCUCCAGGAUUUGGAAAGGUUUGGUGGCAAAUUCACCGGGGAUGCCAACAAGAUCGGUGUGGCCAAAAAAUGUUGCUGGUUAUGCAAAGAGCUCGGCGAAGCAAUGGGACAGAAUAACCAAACAUUCAGCCUACCUGGAACAAGUGGUCUUGUUUUUUCAUGGGCACCUCCCACGGGCCUGGAUAUAGCCGUGCUACAACAGCUCGAGGACAGAUUGAAAAACAGACUCUUCAAGUAUCUUGAGAAGUAUGCAAAGCAAGCUUUGGAACAAGUGCAGAGCCAUCAGUUGUCACCUACCACCUCUGUUACGGACAUCACUUUGCCAGGCCAUCCAAUCACCAAGGAAAUAGGAUUGGGGUGGAGGCAUGAGCACAGCUAG